GGAGGAGGGAUGAGGCGCGCGGCGGAGGGGAAAUGGCUGCCGAAAACAAGCCGGAAGGACUGAAGAAGAUAAGAAAUCCAGAGCGAAUGGUCAGGAUCGCUGUCGGUUACACAGGACACACCCCUCCCAAGAGUGACGACACUGACGCCAACAAUGAGCCAGGCCAGUUGAAGAUCUACCUUCCGAAGAAGCUGCUAGAGUGUCUACCCAAAUGUUCCUCUCUGCCCAAGGAACGCCAUCGCUGGAACACCAACGAGGAGAUUGCUGCAUAUCUCAUCACUUUUGAGAAACACGAUGAGUGGCUGACGACAUCGCCAAAAACCAGGCCUCAAAAUGGCUCUAUGAUCCUCUACAACCGUAAGAAGGUGAAGUACAGGAAAGAUGGCUACUGCUGGAAGAAACGGAAAGAUGGGAAGACCACCCGAGAGGAUCACAUGAAGCUUAAAGUCCAGGGAGUUGAGUGUCUGUAUGGCUGCUACGUCCACUCCUCCAUCAUCCCCACCUUCCAUCGUAGAUGCUAUUGGCUGCUGCAGAACCCAGACAUCGUUCUGGUGCACUACCUGAAUGUACCAGCAGUGGACGACAGCGGGAAGCCAUGUGGUCCCGUCCUCUGCUCCAUCAACACAGACAGGAAGGAGUGGGCCAAGUGGAGCAAGGAGGAGCUCAUCGGACAACUCAAACCUAUGUGUGCUGGAAGCAGCCUGCAUCAGAAAUGUUCCAGUGUCAAACAGCGCAUCAUCUCAUCCAAGCAGGAGUCAGGGGCAGCAGCAGGAGGUGGAGCUGCAGCGGGUACGGGAGUAGCGGCAGUCCAGAGAGCUGAGGAAGCAGAUGGCACAGAGGUCCAGAACAGUGAUGUGUCAGAGGGCCAGACAGAGCCCAGUCCUGGAGGGGGCAGGAGCAGAGCGGGCGGAGGAGAGAGGAGGAAUGGCAGGAUAACCAAACCCUCCCUACUCCCACAGAGCAGCAUGGAAGUGUCCUCAUCCACCUCCACCAACCAGGUGGAGGUCCCUGACACCACCCAGAGCUCCCCAUUGUCAAUCACCAGCGACAUGGCCGAUAGCCCCGCUCUGGCCAUCGGGGCUGGCUUGUCACAGAGCACAGCUGUGUUUAUGUCUGAGGUCACCACGCUGACUGGGGAUUCAGUUUACUCUGCUGGCCACACUCACCUGUUGGCGUCCACCCAUGAGAGCACCACAGCUGGCAUCCUGUUGGCUGUUGCCCCUGAAAACCAGAGGUUUGCGUCAUUUCCUGGUGGCGUGGGCUUAGGGGAAGGAGGAGAGUUGGUGCUAUCCAGCUCUCUAGACUCUGGGGGAGGAGUCAGCCUUCCUGAGACCACCAUGACCUUUGACCCUGAUUGCUUCCUCAACAAUCCCAAGCAGGGCCAGACGUAUGGAGGAGGUGGAGGGAAGGCUGAGGGAUGUAACGGUGAUGAUGGAGGACUCCACUGCUCCUCCAACGGCUUCGUCUACAACCCAGCACUUGUCAACAACAUCAAGACAGAACCUGCACCUCUGGAGGCGCCGCUGGCCACUCAGAGCAGCUAUGUAGGAGAAGGGACAGGCCUCAGCCCCAGCACCACCCUGGAGCAGAUGGACUUCAGUGCUGUGAUGUCAUCAGCAUGUGUCCCGAGUCUGACCCAGCCCGCACACCACCCCUCUCCCAGCCUCUUCCUCCAGGCCUCUCCCCAGACGAGCCAGCCCUCCCAGCUGCAGACAAACGGUACUGAGGCGACGCAGGAACCAGGCGAGGCCCAGGCGUACAUUGGCCUGCCCACGGUGCCAACAGACACUCCGGUUACCAAUGGAGACCUGCAAACACACCUCCACCAAGCCAGCCCAGAGCAGCAGGGCCUGUGCGGAAGGAAUGGACAAGGAGCGGCGGUGGGCUCUUUUCCUUUAACACCACAGGAUACGCCCGUCGACGAGUCAGGCAGCAGGGGACAUCGAGAGGUGGGGGGUUUAGAUAAGACUUCUGAGAACGGAGGGGAGUUGCUACUCAAACCUGGUGAACCUCACGAGGCUUACACGAGCGUUGACACCGAGCACUACCUGCAUCCCACAGAUGACAAUGGAGGAGGAGAGGAGGAAAAUGAGAUUCUGUGUAAUGGUGUAAGCUUGUCAGGGGCCAGCAAUUCAGUAGUGGCCAGUCCUCAGUCAAUAGCUGCUGGUGCAAGCAUUGAUGGGGCGCUCUACAGCUCUCCUCUUCCUCAACAAGGUGGAGGGGUGUCAGCUACAACAGGUGGGGCUGGGGCCAUCAGUCUGGAAGGUUUCGAGGCUUCCUUUGGGAGCCAGUUUUCUGAUCUCAUCAAUGAUUUCAUCUCAGUUGAGGGGUCUGGAGGUGGGGUGGCUGCAGCGGUGACUGGGGUUCUGAUGCCGCAGGAGGGGGCAGCAGGAGAGGAGCAGGGCACUGCAGCAGGCCACCUACAGGGCUCGGAGGUGGAGCAGGGAGCUCUGGGACUGCUCCAGGAGACUGGGAGGCUGUUUGGUGUGACAGACUACUCCCCAGAGUGGUCUUAUCCAGAGGGUGGAGUGAAGGUGCUGAUCACAGGUCCGUGGUUGGAGUCGAGCAGUGAGUACAGCUGUCUCUUUGACCACAUCAGUGUCCCUGCUGCCCUUAUCCAGCCCGGGGUGCUGCGCUGCUACUGCCCAGCCCAUGACACCGGACUGGUGAUGCUGCAAGUAGCUAUGGGUGGUGAGGUCAUCUCUUCCUCUGUGGUGUUUGAAUACAAGGCGCGCGACCUUCCAGCCCUGCCGUCUUCUCAGCACGACUGGCUGUCCCUCGAUGAUACCCAGUUCAGGAUGUCCAUCCUGGAGCGUCUGGAGCAGAUGGAACAGAGGAUGGCUGAGAUAACCAAUCAGAACCCCAGCUCAGAAACCAUGGCAACCAAGGGUGGAGGGGUGGAGGGAGGAGGAGCAACUGAUCAGCAGUCUCAAAUUUCUACUGAUCAGGGUUCGUUCGAGGGCCGUGUUGUGGUGGUGUGUGAGAAGAUGAUGUCUCAGCCAUGCUGGGCUUCAUCCAAUCAGCUCGUCCACAGCAAGAACUCCAGAGGAAUGACCUUACUGCAUCUGGCUGCAGCUCAGGGCUAUGCAGGGCUCAUUCAGACACUCAUUCGCUGGCGUACAAAGCAUGCUGACAGUAUUGACCUGGAGCUCGAGGUGGAUCCUCUCAAUGUAGACCACUUCUCCUGUACUCCACUGAUGUGGGCAUGUGCUCUGGGUCACACUGAGGCAGCAUUGGUGCUUUACCAGUGGGACCCAAGAGCGCUGGCUAUUCCUGAUUCGCUAGGACGUUUGCCACUCAACAUUGCCCGAUCCCGGGGCCACACUCGAUUGGCUGAGCUCUUAGAGCAGCUGCAACAGACUCCUCAAGCUCAGGGUCAGCCUGCUGACACUUGGAUGGACAGGUGGAGAGGAGAGACACAGACCAGCGGAAUAAGCAACAGCCCUACCCCAAACCCUACCCCAGAGCUGAGGAGAACCAGGACAGAGAGCCAGCCAGACAACCAGAACCCAAGCUGGAGCCAAACAGGACACAGAGCCCAACAGGGAACCCAGGCAGAACAGGGAGGCCCACCCCCAGCCAAGAGACUCAAACCCAGCCCAGACACCCAGCAACAGCUAGCUAACUCAACCCCUGGCACCAACACCCUCACCUCCCUCCUCAACUCGUCUCCUAGUCCUAACCCUCAACGCUCUCUCCUCCCCAACACCCUGCAAACUCAACCCUCCAACCUCAGCUGUCAGAACGCACCUCCUGCCAGCUCCAGCCCCAACCGGCCUCAGCUGCCCAGCACUCCAUUCUCCCACCUGCAGGCCAGGAUAGGGGGGUCUGGAGGGGGCACCAGGUGGAGUCUGAGACAGAGUCUUGGGCAGCGUAGCCUAGCCAGGAGGAUUCUGGGAAAAGAACGACUGGCCAUUCAUCUGCGCCAAAGAGUGCUGUCUGACAGGGGAGAGGAGACAGAGCUGCUGACCUAUCAGGAUAACACAGAGGACUUACAGAUGGAUAUUACGAUGCUAGCUGAUCACAUCAUGGAAGCUUCAACUGGUAGGCUUAAACACGAGGCUAUGGAGACGGAAACAGACUCUGGGAAGGUGGGGAUCAGCAGUGAUGUCAGGUUACUGUCUGGUUACCUCGGUGAGGUGGAAAGGUUUCUAAACUCCAAGUCCCAUACUCUAUACCCCAAACCAAACUCUCUCUCAGGGCCUGAGGAUCAGCAGAGUCCUCAGGCUAAGCAGGCCCAACCCUCCCCCUUUGACUGGACCUCCUUCCUCUGUGCAGCUAUGAAAGAGGAGAGGUUGAAAACUGACUCCUGUCUAGCCAUGACUGAGGCAGAGCAGGGGGAGCUGUAUGAGACCAUCAGGCAUGCUCUGCACUCCCUCAGAAAACACAAGGGUCCCAUUCAGGAACAACGUAAAGAGAUUGCAGCAGUGAUUCAGCGCUGCUAUAAGAGAUACAAGCAGUAUGCACUUUAUAAGAGGAUGACACUGGCAGCCAUCCUGAUCCAGAGUCGUUUCCGGAGUUUCCAUGAGCAGCGGAAGUUCCAACAAAGUCGUAGAGCAGCGGUCCUCAUCCAGCAAUACUACCGCUCCUACAGACACUCCCUCGGCAGCCUCCUCACAAAAAAACAGAACCAGGCUGCUCGCAAGAUCCUGAGAUUCCUGCUCCGAUGCCGCCACAGCCCCUUGAUGGACCAUAGGCCUCUGAAACGGGGCCAGAGAGCAGAGAAAGGCCAGGGGUCCUGAGAGCCCACCGCCAGGCCCCACACACAGCCCCCUCAGCCUGUGAGCAGUCUAUAAACCCUCCCCAUCUCCUCCUUUUUCCCGUCAUCCAUCCUCCCAAAAACUCCUUCCCCUGUCCAUUCCCCAACCCCGCUCUCCUUCCCUUUCCAUUCCUCUCCUCCCUCAUUCUCUCUCACCCUCUCUCCCCUCUCCUCCCAAGAGGGAUUAAAAAAACUCUUCCCAGACAGACUGAGGACAGGAUAGGUGUCCAUCAUGGCAGCUCAGACAGACAGACUGCUGGGUAGAGCCCAGGGACCUGGCUCUGCCCACAGCACUGAUCCUCCUCCACAGUUUCACUGGGAGGCCAUCACAUUAACCUCAUGGCAUUCUUUGCACUCUUCAUGGGUAUGUUUCUUUGCAAGAGCGAGUCGACGAGUCAGGCGAGAGGACACGAGGAGGGAGUGGACGACGACGACAACAUCCUGACGUUCGCAGCAGCGUCGGGACGUGCUCAGACAGCUGGCUCAAGACAAAAGCUACUUUGACAUGCAGAAGAUAUACAAAACCAUUUUGCGUUUUGUAUCUUAACAGUAAUCCAUGAAAGAAUAAGAAAACAUAAACCAAAAAACUCACUUCUAUGUUGCAUUUGCAUGCAAGGUUUUUUCGCUUAUUCCUCCUCUCCAUCAUCCUGAAGAGCUAUAGUGGCAAAAAUCAUUCUGCUGAUUCAGUAUCUCACAAUCUCACCAACCACUCUGACUCACAGGCUUAAUAAACCUAUUAAUCAGUCACCCGAUCAAAAGGGGAGGAACUGCACUUGAAUGUAUGAGGGGCAUUGUUCGAUAAGGGUUGGGGUCUGAAUUAACGAUGUCUUAAUUUGUUACAUGGACUUUGUAUGGAGUCGUUCUCAGAGGCAGCACUUUGCUCGCCUGACGUGGUGUGUCCGUGUUUGUUCAAUUCAAUGCAUGUGUUUGAGCCACGAGCUCCUGCAUGCUUGCCAAACUGCUUUAGUGUUGUUUCUUUUGUAUUUCUAUGUGUAGUUGUGUCUCACUUACGUCCUCAUCAACUUAUCCUUGCCCUGUGUAAUGUGAACUGUGUAAGGACAAAUGACUUAUUUUGGGUGCUCUAUUUUUUUUAAACUUAAUUUAUUUAAGGGUCUAAUUAUUUAUUUAAUUGGCUCAAGAGUGGUUCAGCUUGAGACUGGUUUUCCCCCCUUGUGUGGUAAAAUAUGACAUGUUCCAAUGGUUAAAUGUCUCUGUUAGUUUGUUCUUUGCGUGAACCUCUAAAUCCUAACUGUGGUUUUGAGGAGAGAGUCGCAUACCAUUGCCUUGACUUCUUCUUGACUCUGAGAGGUCUCUAUGCUUGCUCUGUACAGGACAUGGGUCCUAUUCCUGCCCCUAUACAGGGCAUUGGUCCCCAUAUUAGCCCAUAUGGGCGAUCAAAUCCAUAUUUUGGACUAUUGCAUAUUCCUGUAUAUAAACUGACGAGGUAAGGGGAUACGAGGACCCUGAAACUUUUUCAUAAGAGGACUGUAUUUAAGAUUAUAAAUUAUUUUACUCCCAUAAUGAGAACUUAAGACAGAGACCUGGGUACACAGGAUGGCUGUAUUGCUUGUAAAUAAUGUAGAUAUUACAAAACGGAGUAAUGUGCAUGAGAUUUAAGACAAAGAAACGGCAAAAAGAACAUUUUAGUGGCUAUGGACUGUGAGAGGAUUUUAACUGCUUCACUUUAAGAGUAUCCAGUAUAAGUGUUACUGAAAAGAACAUUUUGUUAAAGCAUGCAACUGAAAACUCUAAUGUUAGAAUUAUAAGUGGGAAAAACAAAGUUAGCUGAAACAAUGAUCUUUCAGAACAAAAACAUUUACACUUUGUGCUUUUGUUUCUUGGCUAGCAAAAAUUAAACCCUUUUUGCCAGUAGUGCCAAUUAUUAUGAAUGCUAUUUUGCCUAACAAUAUGUUAACGUUGGGGAAACCAACACCCAAAAGAUAUCAAUAAGAUCCACAGAGGCAACACACACACACAGACACACACAGACAAUAAACAGUAGAAGAGAUCUAGUAGUAGCUCAACCAUAGACGAGUUCUGAGGUUUGUUUAAAAUGUAGACGAUGAUGAUAAUGAUGAUG